AUGUCCACCAAUCUCAACAUGGAAGAUCUGUCUAAACAGUACACCAAACUGCAGGCCGAGCUUACAGAGCUUGUGCGAGCCAGACAGAAGCUUGAGACGCAAUUCCAGGAGAACAAGAUUGUCAAACAGGAGUUCGACACCCUUGACGACGACGCCAAAAUCUACAAGCUUGUGGGGCCUGUUUUGCUGCCGCAGGACAACGCAGAGGCCAAUCUGAACGUCGACAAGAGAAUUGAGUUUAUUAGCAGCGACAUCAAGCGUGUUGAGGAGAAAAUUCAGCAGCGCCAGCAAGACCUCUCCAAAUUACAGGGUGUAAUAAUGAGUGCUCAAAGCGCAUGA